AUGGUCGGACUUAAAGACUACCGCCGUAUGACGCCCACACAACGCGAAGCAGACCGCGAGCGCCGCCGUCAAGGACGCGAGCGCCGUGCAGCAGAGAAAGAAGCCGCACUCGUCCUCCGCGAAGGACGGCGCGGAUUAGGGAUGAGCCACGUCCCGCACGUAGACGCCUUCAUGCGCCGCGACUGGCGCAAGGCGUACAUGAAAGAGGCCAAGGCGUUCCCGGAUUUAGACGACGAGACGCAGGGGACGGAGGACGGGGAGCAAGACGCGGAGAGAACGUGGGCGUGGAACGCUACGCACGUCGUGAGGUCGGAGGUGCCGCAACUGCAGAUGUCGUUGGCGGAUUUGAUUGAGGUUGCGCCAGUACGGCGCCGGCGAGGGGGCAAGAAGGGGCGCGGACAGCGCGCUGUGGAGGGUGAUGAUCAUGAUGCGUACUCCGUUCUGGGGUCGGAGGCGGGGACCGAGAUGUGGUCGGAGAUGGGCGAGGAGGAGCUCGCGAGCGUGCUUGCUGCGCUUGAUGAGGAGGCUGAAGAGGAAGAGUGGGAGCAGUUGGGCGCGGACGAGGUCUUGACGGUGAAUGCGGCAGAGGCGAAGACGGUCGGAGUAGCGCGAUGA